CUAACAUGGCGUCGAAGUGAAAAUCUUUUGAUCAAAACAUCUCAGAAUUUUCUCMUUAGUUUUGCUCUAUUUUCUUUAAAAAUUGAGUUAAUAAUGAGCAGACGUAAACGUCUAAGAGGAGAAGAAGGCAAAGUGAGGAACAAAGCUCAGAUUCAGCGCGAAGCUCGUCUUCGAGAGUCUGUUGCUACAGGAAAUGUGAAAAAGGUUCGAGAACUCAUAAAUGAUGGAGCAUCAGUCAACCAAAAAGACGUUAAUGGCUGGACUUUACUUCAUCUUGCGGCUAGUAGAGGACAAGAAAGGGCUUUGAGGGUGUUACUAGAGAAAGGUGGUGAUCCUUUGGCUAAGGAUUCGGUGGGAGGCUUUACUGCUAUGCACUAUGCUGCCAUGCAUGGAAGAACAAGAAUUUGUCGUCUUCUAUUAAAUUAUGAAGGAUUUGACAAGAAAAAACUUGUGGACGCCAGGAGCGAUGAUGGUUGGACUCCACUCCAUGUCGCUGCUCAUUAUGGUAGACAAUCGUUUGUGGUUCUUUUAUUGGAUUCUAAAGCACGAGUAGAUGCUUUAAGCGACAAAGGUACAACUGCACUUCAGCUGGCGAUCAUUCGUGAACGAUGUAAUUGUGUUAAGGUUUUACUCGAAGCUGGUGCUAAUAUAGACAUACAGUUCGGUUUCCCUCUUCGUUAUGCUGUGAUCAAAGGUAACUUAACUUGUGCUAAAAUGUUAGUUGAACACGGAGCGAAGACGAGUAUAAGGAGACUCGAAGAUGGACAGACUCCUUUACAUUUGGCAGCCAUGAGGAACAACGAAUCCUUGGCCAAGUUAUUGUUUAAGUUCGGUGCUGAUGUUAAUGUUUUCAAUGAUGAAGGACUAACGCCACUGGGAAUUUCGCAAAUGAUGUGUAACAUAAACAAUACUGAGAGUGGCUGUGUAAAAUUCCUUGCCAGUGUCACAAAAAAUGUUAGAAGUUUACAAGACUCAUGCCGAAUAGUGAUACGUGAAGCAUUAAGUCGUAACCGCCUAGAACAGAUCUCAGACCUACCUGUCCCUAUCAUAUUAAAACAGUUCUUGAAUUACAAGUAUAAUUUCCUUUAAUGUAAGUAUGACAUUCUUAGAAACCGAGGAUCAUAUGUUUUCUCAACACUGCAAAAAUUAACCCAAAACUUUCUUGUUUUUUUCUCUCUCGAUAUUCUGCAAACUCAGACAUUUCAACGGCUUGUUGUGAAAUUGUUUUUUACUGCUUUUACUGUUUUUUUUUUUUUUGAAUGACAGCAGCAAUAAACAAAUUUCAUAGUGCAUUAUGUAACUACUGAGUUUGUAGAAUAUCAAAAAUCACGAAAAAAAUAUCUCAGAGUAAGAAAAUCUUAGCUGACAUCUAAAAGGUUCAUUCAGAAAUCAAAACCAUCCCAAAAUUAAUUACGUCGAAGUUMGAAUUAUAUUGUUCUUCUUGCUGAUCUUUUAUCCAAACACAGUGUUGUAGACCAAGGUGUUAUUUGAAGAAAAUAUGUAGUAGCAUUUCAGGGCGUAAAAUUACAGCCAGUUAUCAGUCAGUGUCUAGUCAGAAUAUGGUCUUUUCAAUUUUUUGCCUUACUGAUAAUUUUGACCAAUAACAUUAAGCCAGAAACUGAGCUAAAACUAAUUUGGCUGCUGAWCUUGACUGGUGACUGACUGUCCAUGGUUUUAAGCCAUGGUGUUUCUUGAUUGACUUUCAUUUUCUGUGUUUUUAGAUCUAGUCAUCCAAAUGUUUUUGAUAUGUUUACAUGUCUGUCAGCCUACAACUAUUUGCAAAAUACAAUAUAAACCAGGAGUUCCUUCCCUCUUAUGAGGGAUAAUGGAAACUACUUGGAAAGUCAUGCAAAUACUGUGGCAUAGUAAGCUAAUCAUACUCCUUGAAAAAUCAUUUUUGAGUYCUUGAAUAGUCCUCGAAUUGUAAGUGGUUUUGUGGUUUCAGUCCUUGGUGUUAAGUCUCUGUUGGAUAUGGUGUACAUUUGUAGAGGGACUGUGAGAAAAGGGGCUAAGAUGAUUUUAACCCCCACAUAUUUUAACCCUUUUAAAGUUGCAAAAUUUUUCAUCCUAGUCUACCAUAGUUUCCAAUCUGUGCCUCCCAUUUUUCAUUUCUCUCCAUGGUCCUUUUAUGUCUCUGAGUACUACAUGUAGUAAAAUUUUGUUUUCAACAUCCUUGGGAUGUAAAAUUCUGUUGCUUCUUUUUUGCUCUGCUAGUGAGAAAUCARCAAGAGAAUAGACCCCUUCACAGUUCCCUGCACCAUCUGGAAAGGUAACUGUGCCUUUGCAUUGAAGCAAGACGAAAAAUGAGCUUGCAAUAAGACACCCCCCCUACCCCCAGAAAUUCCAAUUUUCUUUCAUACAAACUCCGUAAUUUUUGUUCUUUCUCUGACCCCGUCACUCUUCGGAAACUCCAAAUUCCUCUGGGGGGUGGGUAUGGAUAAUUUCCGGAACUACACAAUGGCAUGGCUACCAUUCAAGAUGACACAGAGAACUGUGAAAGGACUAUUUUACUCCUGGGUUCCAAGGAUGGUUUUUCAAGAGAUACGUAAAAAAUGUSUAGCUGAAAACAAAUUAACUAGAGACUGGGUGAUUAUCUUGAGAUGAAAAAUAUCAAAUAUCCUGGAAAAACCAUGGCUCAUUCAACUAUCUGAAUGGCCUGUUACAUACCAGCGUUCAAAAACUGGUGUAUCAUCAUUUAUUACAUAGGUAUUGACAAAACAAAGUUCACAGAAUUUAGAGUGAUUGUACUUCAGGGCUUAAAAUAAUGGCCAUUAAUCAUGCAAUGUCUGGCGAGAAUUAUAACUUUUCUGGUCAAAGCUUUGCCUUACAGUCAUUUUAACCAGUAAAUUUGAGCCAGAAACAAGCUAAAACAAUAAACCAGCCAUUAUUUUAGAUCCUGCACUUGGAAACAGUAUUUCAUUUAUUGUCCGCUAAAAAGCACAAUAUCUAUAAUUGUAUAGUCAGUGCUGUUUAGGACUAAAUAGUGUAAGUUAUAUAACAGUGUUUUAAAGACAGAGUGGUUUUAAUUAAACCCAGUGAAAUAUUUGAAUAAUGGUUUGUCAAGGCUUGUCAAUCUUAUUUACUGUUGUUUUCUACUGUGUCUAAUAGGCCUUCCUCAUGCGGCAUGCUGCCAUGUUGACUGGAACAAUARGCGGCAUGAGUAAGGAACAACACAUCAACAAGUAAUGUUUUUUGCAAGUAAAAUCACACUAUAGUGUAAUUGCAAAUCACUAUGCUUUUUACCAGCAUUUUUUAUAAAAACAUCUGCAUUUACAGGUUGCAAAGCAAAGAUAAUAUUUAGUAUUAUUUAUAAACAAAUUAUAUGGAAAGUGCAUAAGAGAUGUGAAAAUUUAUAUGAGAAUAUCUUAUCGUCUGAAUAAAGAAAAGGUAACAUUGA